UUAGCUUGUGACACGUCAUCACUGUGAUUCUAGACUCGCUCGAUCGGCACUUGUACUCCAAAGUUAACUUAACAGUUGACACGCGUGUGCAGCUAUAAACUACAGUCGCCCGGUUGCAUGAAAUGUAGCAAUCUCUUCAAAUCUCAAUUAAUUUAUUAUUAACUAAUUCAUCCGGGCAUCUCUCACGACGAAAUGGCCUUUUUUAUUUCGUGUCUAGUCCUCAUCUUGUCACUGCUGUGGGAUUCAGAUGCCUCAUGCAAGCUUGAGCCACGGACUGUCGGUGGAAGCGUUUCCACUAGCGACAUGGUCGUCACUGAAUAUUGUGCAGCAACGCGACUCUACGAAAUCAAGUGUGACGGUGAUGUUGUCGUAGACACAAAUGUUGAGAUGGUCACUCACUGCUCCAGAAAAACCGAUAGCUACAUUACGAAUUGGAGUUCUGCGACUUUGUUCCCGCCAGUCAAAUCAAAAGUUGGUUGGUUUCCUAUAGAAACAUCAUCGCCUGUCAAGAAAACAGAUGCUGGCGUUUAUUGUUGCGGGCUGACAAACGUUGAUGUCGAGGAAAAUUGCUUUAGUCUUUAUGUCCAAGAGGUUCCUCAUCCCGUUUUGACUGUGGAAAACGACUGUUCAUUGGCUCAACCAAACGUCGAUGUCAGCGGUUCCACCCUUCAGUGUCUACGUUGCACCGUUACUACCAUAUGUAACAAUCUGCAGUCUUCUACUGAAGACUGUAGGAUACUACCAGAACCAGUUGUCUCAUUUGUCCGUGGCAGCAAAACAAUCUUUGGCAAUUUGGUCUAUUCUGGCCCACUAACAAUCAAUAGGACAGUACACAUACUGUCCUGGAUGCUGCCAGUAUACUCAGAAGACGAAAACGAGACUUACCAUUGUAUACUAACACUACCGAUGUGUAGCACAAACGAAACUCAAAGUAACAGCAUUUAUUAUUCUCGAACAAACGACGUCAAAAAAGGAGAGAACAACGAUGCAAUAGGGAUCGGAGUUCCUGUUGUUGUUGUUGUUGUUGUUGCUGCUGCUGUUGUUGUGUUACUGGCUAUACAUAAUUUUUGCAAAAACAAGAAAAACCAAAUCGAAAACCAAAUCGAAAAACAAAUCGAAAACCAAAUCGAAGACGAUCCUUCUAUAGAUCUUCGAGAAGAGUUUGGGUUCGAAAGAGAGUAUUCUGUCUGAUUGCUCGUCUGCGCCAUAGUAGCUGCUAUAAGCACGUAUGUCUAUUUCUAGAGCGGCUAGCUUUUGAUUUGCUGUGUAACUAUUGCACGCGCAUGCAGAACUAUCGACAGAUGGUCUACACACUGAACUUAGAUAUUGUAUACGGGAUAUAUAUAAAAUACUGCUGUACGACUAGAAAUAGCCAAGUAUACUGUUCGCUAAACGCUGGAGUAAAAUUUAGAGAU